GCCAUGAUAGAAAUGAAGUAAUAAUGAAGGUUCAAAACCUGCAGGGUCAUUGGAAGCGAAUCGGGCAAGGUCCGUGAAGCGAGUUGGGAGCACCGCAUAGGGCCUUACCAAAUUCACCCGUUCACUUCUGCUCGCGUCAAAUUACUUAUAAGAUGCCGAAUUGCACCUUGGUCGCGUUCCUCCUGCCAGCUAACUAGUCCUCACAAUGCCCAGCGAAGCCAAAGCGCCAUUCAAUAAUGCAAAGGCAGACAUCAUCUUGUGUUCUUCAGACAAUGUCUACUUCCGUGUCUUCCGCUGCAUGCUCGCAUUUGCCUCUCCAUUCUUCGAGGCCAUGUUCGAUCUUCCUCAACCAAGAAGGAACCACUUUAACGACCAGAUGUUCGGCGAUCUAGACAUAAUUCAGGUGUCAGAAAACAGCAAGACACUCGACAUGCUGUUGAGAUUUUGUUAUCCUGCAGCGGUAAAAGGUCCUGGUUUGGAGGACAUUAAUGAUGUCGAGCAAGUCCUAGAGGCUGCGAUGAAAUACGGAAUGGAAGAUGUUGAAGAGAGGGUGAGGAAGGCUAUGGUUGCUCCGUCCCUCUUAGAGAGCAACCCCGUGCGCAUCCUUGCGGUUGCAUGUCGCUUUGGUCUUAGAACGGAAGCUAGCAUCGCAGCGAGAUAUUCGCUUCUUCACACAGCCCCAACACACGAUUCCCUUGCCGCAGAACACCUUCCUAGUGACGUCAUUCAGGGCCUUGUCGCAUAUCGCUCUAGAUGCGGCCAAGCCGCUAGAACACUUUGCGACAAUCUGGACUGGCUGAAAAGAUCACAGACGUACAGUUUCUACGAGUGGUGGACAAACUGUUGCCCAUGUGACUCAAAAGCAGACGUCAGGUACCUGGCACAUGGAACUUAUCCGCGGGAGUGGUGGGCGGAUUACAUGGACAGAACAGCUGUUGCCUUGGAAGAGUCUCCUUGUGGUGCAACGUUGAUGAGAAACUUGGCAGAAGCCGUCGAAAGGGCAAAAAGUUGUCCCUCAUGUCGACGGUGUGCGCAAGACCAGAUGGUUCAGUUCACCAAGACUUUUGCUCAGGAAUUAGAACGAGUCAUUGCCGAGAUCACUUUAGAUAUUGUCAUUUGAUGCAGGGUCGACACGAUUACCUGCGCUGUCAUCGUGCAUUGGCACAUCAAAAAAUCAGUGAGAACCGCUAGGUCCAGCUGUUUGGUUCGAUCCGUCACGUAUCUGCAGGUCAGAUAGCGCACAAGUACUAGUACUCCUGAGAACAAAUAAUCACUUACUUGGCAUCGUGAUCAUCGUACGACUUUUGCGCUUUCCCUAGAAAAAAUUGUGCCCCACGUCAAUCUAUAAUCUAGAAGCAAGUCCCUGAC